AUGAGCUGGACCUGGAAGAGAUUUUUGGAGAUUAGGAAAAUUGUUAGACCUCAUAUUGUUGCUUGUGUGGGAAAUGGGAGGAACACCUCUUUAUGGCAUGAUUGGUGGCAUCCUUUAGGUAUUUUAAGCACUAUCAUUCCAAGAAGAGAAUGGAUUAGCAAUGGAUUUAAUGACUUAUCUUUGGUUAGUGAUGUGCUUGAUUAUGAUACUUAUUGUUGGCCUGUAAAUUGGGUUGAUAAAUUUUCAGGUCUAAAGGAUGCUCCUAUGUUUUGUAUUGAUCCAAAUAUGAGAGAUGUUGCUGGUUGGAGAGAUAAGGAGGGUAAUUGCAAGCAAUUUUCGUGUAAUCAAGUGUGGAGAGAUAUUAAUAAUUUUGGGAAUAAGGUGCCAUGGAAGGAAAUCGUUUGGUAUGGUAAGGGCAUUCCUAGAAAUUCUUUCAUUUUAUGGAUGGCUAUCUUGAAUAGAUUGAAAACUCAGGAUCGUGUUAGAGUUUGGGAAAAAUCAGGAAUUCUCCUCUGUCCUUUUUGUAAUCUUAUUCCUGAUUCACAUGAUCAUCUUUUCUUUAAUUGUGAAUUCUCACAAAGUAUUUGGAGACAUUUUUGUGAUAAGAUGAGAAUUAAUUUGGUGAUGGGUGGCUGGAAUGAUCUGAUUCUGAAGUGCUGCAAGCUGUUUUACAAGGAUUCUUGUGAGAAUUUAAUUAAUAAAUGUAUCCUUGCGAGUUGUGUGGCACAUAUUUGGAAGGAAAGGAAUGCUAGGAUUUUUAAUAAUAGGAGAUUAACAGCUGAAGGAGUGAUAGCUUGUAUUGAGAAUGAAAUCAGAUUAAAGCUGUUAGGAUUAAGGAAUACUAACAAUUUGAUUAAUGAAAGAAUCUAUAAGGAUUGGGGCAUUUAUGGAAAGGACAAAAAUAAGAGAUGA